GUGCAAUCGAGCUGAGCAGUAAAAGGCAUACUGACCUGCCGGCUGGGCUUCCAGCAAGGCCUGAGCAGUUUAUGAGGCGUUUAGGGGAAGGGUUUGCCCCACCACACUCCACCGAGCGGUGGGCAGCAGGGACUUCGGCUGGUCCAACCCUGAGCAGGGGUUGGAGGCUUGGAAAGGCUGCCGCUGGCCCCGCGGAGCGAGACCACCUGUGAGGGCUGCUGAGAUUGGCGGAGGCGGUCAUGUGGGCGGUCACGUGCUGCGGCGAGCUCGGUCCAAAAGAAAAUGGGGUUUGGUGUAAAUCUGGGGGUGUAAUGUUAUCAUAUAUCACGCUACCUCGUAAAACCGACACUGAAAGCUGCCGGACAACAAAUCACAGGUCAAAAUUAUGAGUUCUUCGUAUUAUGUGAACGCGCUUUUUAGCAAAUAUACGGCGGGGGCUUCUCUGUUCCAAAAUGCCGAGCCGACUUCUUGCUCCUUUGCGCCCAACUCGCAGAGAAGCGGCUACGGGGCCGGCGCCGGCGCCUUCGCUUCGACCGUACCGGGCUUGUACAAUGUCAACAGCCCCCUCUAUCAGAGCCCCUUCGCGUCCGGCUACGGCCUGGGCGCCGACGCCUACGGCAACCUGCCCUGCGCCUCCUACGACCAAAACAUCCCCGGGCUCUGCAGUGACCUCGCCAAAGGCGCUUGCGACAAGGCGGACGAAGGCGCGCUGCACGGCCCGGCCGAGGCCAAUUUCCGCAUCUACCCCUGGAUGCGGUCUUCAGGGCCCGACAGGAAGCGGGGCCGCCAGACCUACACGCGCUACCAGACGCUGGAGCUGGAGAAGGAGUUCCACUUCAACCGCUACCUGACGCGGCGCCGCCGCAUCGAGAUCGCCCAUGCGCUCUGCCUCACCGAGCGCCAGAUCAAGAUCUGGUUCCAGAACCGCCGCAUGAAGUGGAAGAAAGAGCAUAAAGAUGAGGGUCCGGCCGCCGCAGCCCCCGAGGGCGCAGUGCCCGCCGCCGCCGCCGCCGCCACCACCGCCGCCGCCACGGACAAGGCCGACGAUGAGGACGAAGACGACGAAGAGGAAGACGACGAAGAAGAGGAAUGAGGGGCCGAGUAGGGGCCCUGGCUGCACCAGACAGUCGGGAAAGCGUCUUUAGAGACUCACUGAAUUUAUUUACAAAAGUGGAAAAAAUAAAAAGAAAACGUGAAAAACAAAAACAAAAACAAAAACAACCAUCCCCAACCUUCACCCAUCUACCCCAUUACCUAUCCCAGCUCCCACCUUUU